AUGUCUGGAAAUUGUGCCAAUAUUGGUAACAUUGCAUCGAUACAAAACGAAGAAGAGCACAGAUUGAUGCCAGAGCGAAACCUUGACCAUAUUAUGUUAUCACGUGGAGACGUAAUUCAUGCUGAGAUGGAAUGCAUAAGUGAUGAUUCCGAAUUUAUGAAAACUGCUUCAUCAGAGUUUAAAAGUGACAUUGCAUCAGGCACAACUUAUAUGACAGAUCACUCUGUGAUAUCUGUAGUAGAUUCCUCAUCAAAUUUUGCUGACCAUGUGUCAGCAAGCAGAGUUAGCUCCGAAAACAUUGGAAGUGAUGUGAGUUUGGGUAACAAAAUGGAACAGAUGGAAGCUAGCGAUGCGGAAAGGAGUGAACGUAUCCAUGGGGAACAGAGGCGAUGUUUUGGAGGGUUUAUGUUCGAUCGAAAUCGUCACCCCAAUCCAGAGCUUCCGAAGGAAACCGUGACAGUUCUGCACUAUCCUUUCCCGCCUACAGUUAUACCGGUUGGAGAUGAUGAAAAUGAAUUCCGCAAAUCAUUGGCUGAUGCAAAAGUGUAUUUGAUUGGUACGGCUCAUUUUUCACCCGAUAGUCAACAGGACGUCUUGAAAACAAUUGCAAGUACUCAACCAGAUAUGGUUAUGGUUGAACUUUGUCCAUCGCGAAUAUCAAUACUCUCAAUGGAUGAGGAUACUUUACUUCAGGAAGCGAAAAAUUUGAAUUUUGACAAAGUUAUCAAUACCAUUAAGCAGAGUGGCACAGUUCAAGGAAUACUUCACGUAUUGUUGUUGUCGAUGUCUGCGCAUAUGACAAAGGCGCUUGGUAUGGCGCCCGGAGGAGAGUUUCGAGCAGCUCACAAAGGUGCUAUGAACGUAAAGAUGUGCAAACUAAUUCUGGGUGAUCGUCCAAUACACGUGACUGUACAAAGAGCAUUAGGCUCUCUAAGCUUUUUUCAAAAGCUUCGACUUUUCUACCAUAUUGUUCUUUCACAUAAAACAACUAUCACUCAGGAAGAAGUAGAAAAAUGCAAGAAGUCAGAUAUGCUGGAAGAACUGCUUAAGCAGAUGGCUGGUGAAUUUCCACUGCUUUCAAAAAUCUUUGUGGAAGAACGUGAUCUGUAUAUGACCAACGCGUUGCACACUCUACUCAAAAAGUCUACAUUUGAUAAGAGAGUGGCAUGGACUAAAACACAUGCCACCUGGCAGCCAAUAUCUGUUGUAGCCGUUGUCGGUAUGGGACAUGUUCCUGGGAUCAUUUCUAAUUGGAAUAAAAGAAUUGAUGUGGGCGAUCUUCUAACCAUACCACAACCAACACAUACUGAAAAGUUCAUCCGCUUAACUCUGAAAGCGAUGAUCAUUGGCGUAGUGGGAUAUGUAUUUUAUCAAGUUGGUUCAAAAGUGGUCAACAAAGUGCAGAUGUUAAUGAAAUGA